CUCCAAAACACGGAAGCCGUCAUCACGCUGCAGAGCAGAAUGGCAGCCUCCGUCAGCAGUGCGUGCAAACCCUCUAUGGCACGUAUACCGGUGAAUACUACGAGUUUUCAAAAGAGAACGAAGAACAAGUUGUUAAGUAUACCUGGUACAAGACUCUCGGUGCAAAACGGGCAGCUUCUAGUCUCGACCGGUGUCACGUCGCUCGACUAUCUGCUCGGAGGUGGUCUAGCAGUUGGAACAGUACUUCUUAUAGAAGAGGACCGUUAUGAUAGCUACUCCCGUAUGAUCCUAAAAUACUUCUUGGCAGAAGGAGUGGUAUGUCGACAUGAACUCUUCCUAGCAGCGGUUCAAGAUCAUCCAAAUGACAUCUUCCAGGAACUUCCUGAUCCCAUUUUAGAUGAUGUUGCCAUGCACAAACCAGUAGACCAGCCUAGACUGUCUUGUGAGCCUCAAGAUAGUAUAGAUGCAAUGAAGAUUGCCUGGCGAUAUCAGAAUCUACCAAAAGUGCAGAAUGCUCUUGCAUCCACGUCUCGUUUCGGACACUACUACGAUGUUUCCAAAACGAUGGAGCCAGAAAUCCGCCAGGCAGCUAAGUGCCACCACUUCUACCUUCCAGAACAUCCAAGCCAUUCAUCAGCCACGCACAGUUCUAUGCUUGGAUCCUACUCUGCUUUGCUGAAAUCCAUUGAAGAGGUCAUACGCAGGGACGGUUUCAGUGUGGCCACAACCAUGACGAAGUCACGGAACAUCCUACGUAUCGGGCUUCACUCACUCGGAUCACCACUGUGGGAUGAUGACCUGUGUUGCCAGGACAACCCAAAACACAGCCACGCCCUCACUACCUUUCUCUAUGGGCUCCGGGCUUUGAUGAGGUCAUCACUAUCGGUUGCAGUAGUUACUGUGCCUUCGCAUUUGAUUCAGAGCAAAACUCUAAUGGGCAGCAUAACCAGGCUAUGUGACAAUGCCAUAGCCCUGGAAUCAUUCAAAGGCUCUGAGAGGGAGACCAGCCCACUCUACAAAGAUUACCAUGGCCUGCUACACGUACGCCAGGUGCCUUACCUCAACUGUCUUGCAAGUCAACUGCCUGACCACAAGGACUUGGCCUUUAAACUCAAGAGGAAACAGUUCACCAUUGAGCGACUGCAUUUGCCUCCAGACUUGUCUGAGACAGUGAGUCGUGUGAGCAGGGGGGAACUGGCAGGAGCAGGCGCGAUGGCUUCGGCCUGUGGCUCUGGCAACAAGCACCUGGAUUUCUAGAGCCAGAGUGGCGAGCGGCACCUGGAAUGCCACAGCAACCCGCUUGUUCACCCGCCCACGAAAUGCCAGGCCGCUCUAAACGCCCGCUGCCAAGCCGUUUGGGAUCUGCCAGUUGUCCCAGCCAGGGACACCACAGUUACCUACACUCAAAUGGACAUGAUUCAUAUUUUUGUACUUGGUUUCUUGAAAAUAAAAGCCAACAACAGUUACACGGUAUUUUGCUUUAUUAUUAUUUAUGGACAAACGCUUUGUUAAGAAAAUUCAACGGCCUUAACUAGCAAACAAGCAAAACAAAACUCCUUUUUCGAUACAUUUCAUUAGAAAGGAAGUUGAGCUAACGUCUCGCACGAUCUUGCUUGACUUUAUAUAUGAUGGCCGUUGGGAUUGCCUCUCUAUCUUAAAUCGGCAAUUAUCACAUUUAUGUUUGUGAAUCAUUUUCUUUUUUGGUCACACCAAUGUUUGUCUCACUCUCAUACAAUAUAAAAACAAACAUCUAUUGUACUGUUGUGAUAGUUUUGUUUUCAUAUAAUGCCUCAUAUGAAUUAAACUUUAUUACAGCUAAAA